AUGGUCUUUUGGCCGCGUUUACUCAUCUCGUGGGUCGGCGGGUGCAAAGUGGAUCUAGCCAAACGCUGCUGGGAACUCGGCGAAGAUUCGUUCCUCAACUCCACCCGAGAAGCCGUCGACGUCAAGCUGCGUGGGCUGGUGAACAACGCGACACAACGAUUCGAAGUCCUCACCGGCUUGCAUAAUGUGUUAUCCCCGGUCUGGCGAUACUGGAACGCAAUGUUCUUUGCGGUCACGACCUAUACCACGAUUGGAUAUGGGAACAUCACCGCAAAAACGCGACUCGGAAGGCUAGCUGCUAUGGUCUAUGCCGUCAUCGGAAUUCCUCUGAUGCUGAUGAUAUUGCAUAAACUCGGUAGAAGCUGUCUGAACGUCUUGGACAAGUUUUGGGACUAUUGCUUACGGGCGUUCGACUUCAUCUUCUGCACCGCCUAUUCCUACCGCCAGAAAAACAGCGACCAGGAUCGAAUCACCGAAAUGCCGUUAAUUCUGGCCAUUGGAGUCGCCUUUGGCUACAUGUUCUUCUGCGCGGCCAUUUUCCUCUAUUUUGAAGAGGACUGGGAUUACUUCAAGAGUUUUUACUUCUUUUUCUGCUCACUGACGACGAUAGGCUACGGAGACGUCACCCCGACAAAUUCCGAGGACAUGUUCACCAUCUUCUUUUUCAUCCUGAUUGGACUGUCAUUAGUGUCGAUGUGUAUCAAUGUGAUCCAGUUGAAGCUGGAGAAGCUGUUUGAGGAGAUGCUACUCAUGAUGGUAGAGGAAUACAGCGUUGAUCCGGAUGCUGGGCCGAUGAGGGGAGAGCGAUUGAGUAUGCUCGAUAUGUGGAGAUUAUGGAGACGUCGCAAUGAGCGUCUUCAGAAGGAGAAAAAGGAGAAUAGGGCUAACUUGGCCGACCCGCGCCGAACCGGAAGCAUUCUCGGCAUUGACCUCGUUGCUGCCGUCGAGUCGAGAGGAUUCGCCGGAGCCAAACUGCCUAGAGGAGCCCCUAGAGGCCUCAUCGUCCCCGCUACGCUGCACUCCAGCCAGCCGCAAGUCCAACAGCAACCCUCCGAGGUGCAACGCCUCAUCGCAGAACUCGAUGCCCGCCUCCGUUCCGCCCGCGCAAUCCUCACCCCCUCCCCCUACACAACUAGCAACGAUUCUUUUUUG